AAUGGCGCGUUUUCUCAUUCGUCACUUAAUGAGCCUCUCUUUGUUUAGUAAUCUAACCUGUUAACCCUUUACCUUCUACCUGAAACUCGAUGCAUUCCAAGAACUCGACAGGUGACAUUCUACAUAGAGAGAUUCAUUUAACUCACUCAGGGAGUGCGGAAGUAUAAACACUAUUUAGGCUGAAUGUUCAUGCCGAAGGACAAGCAACCGUGCUCCAGGUAAUUGAACUUCUUUUCACUGGCCAGUGGCCGCAUCUGGAUUCACCUUCAGUGAUGGAGCGCAGAUUUAAUCACAGGAGACAGGGAAGCAUUGAACUGUUGGAAGCUAUUGGGGUGGUGAAAAAGGAAAAUGGCACCAGCCUUUCUAUGCUUCCUUUGCACUCCCCAAAGUCCUUUGACUAUGUUCUGGUGGCCCAGGAGGUGGAUAAAGAUCCCAGAAAAAGCUUCAGGAAGAAAAGGGAUUUCAUCACAGCUUUGCAGGAGAAGAAUUUACAGAUAACGAAAAUUGCUGAUGAUGAUAAAGUUUUUUAUGGGAUCAAAGCUCCAAGAGAGAUCUUUGAGACAUACAGAUAUCUGCUUAAAGUGUCAGAUGUGUGUAACUGGAGCUGUGAGCAGCAAGGGAAUAUACCGCAAUCAACAAGGAUACGAAUCGUUGACUACAUCCUGCACCACACCAGCAUAAACACUGAUGGUGUUCCAGAGUAUCUGCCAGACCUCAUUAAAAAGAAUGUAUUUCAGGCUCAGUUUUGUCUUCAUGAGAAAGAAGAGCAGAAAGAACUGAGAAAGAGUUGGGCUAGAUGGACUGCCUGUUUUAAAGGGCAACCCAUAACUGAUGUAAGACACUACUUUGGAGAAAAGGUGGCUCUGUAUUUCCUGUGGCUAGGCUGGUACACAUUUCUGCUCAUCCCCGCUGCUGUGUUGGGGGUCAUAGUCUUUCUUUAUGGCCUAUUUCUCUUCAAGUCCAACCCUGUAAUACAGGAGGUGUGUGAAUCAGAUGCUAUAAUGUGCCCACUGUGUGAUCAUGGAUGUAAGGUCUGGCGGCUCUCUGAUACAUGCAUGUAUGCAAAGAUGAGCACAUUGUUUGACAAUGAAGGAACAGUCACAUUUGCUAUGUUCAUGGCAGUCUGGGCUACUGUGUUUCUAGAGUUCUGGAAACGCCACACAGCCUCAUAUGUCUGUGAGUGGAAAGUUUUUGACUGGUGUGAAGAAGAGGAGGAGCUGAUACUGGACAUAGUGAAUGAUCCUAAUUGCGAGUCAAAGACGUACAGUCACUCAUAUCUACGCAGUACACUAAUAAUGGUGCUAAUGACACUCAUGCUGCUGCUGAUCAUUGGAUUGGCACAUGCCCUUGUUGUGUUCAGGGUAAUAGCCAGUGUAUUCCUUGCUCAGAGUGAAAAAUGGGAUUUUAUUCGUGAAAACAGCAGCACAGUUGCUUUAAUGCUGGGAGCAGUGCUGCACUACUUCACAAUAACCAUCAUGACUCGGGUCAAUCGCAAAGUGGCUCUGAAGUUAUGUGAUUUAGAGAAAGUGCGUUCUCAUGCUGCUGUUGAAAGGAGCUUCACAGUCAAGAUGUUUAUGUUCCAAUUCUUCACACUUUUCUCUUCACUCAUAUACACAGCAUUCUUUCUUGGCAGGAUAAACGGACAUCCAGGUGGAUAUGUGAGGAUAGCUGGAUUCUGGAGAUUAGAGGAGUGUCACCCAAGUGGAUGUCUGACUGACUUGUUCAUUCAGAUGGCCAUCAUCAUGUUGCUCAAACAGUUCAUCAGCAACGUUUUUGAGUUUUCAGGCCCCUGGUUCAGACGGUGGCUGAAAAGGCGACAGGAUCAGAAGCUGAAGAAGGUUAGACAGUGUUCAAAGAAGGACUGUAUGGAGGGUACAGGAGGUGCUAGUCUGUGUGACAACUGUAAACUUAAGGACUUGCUCUGGAACUUUGAGCUCCAUAAUGUGGACUCCUUUAGCCUCUUCAAUGAAUUCCUAGAAAUGGUACUCCAGUUCAGUUUCACUACCAUCUUUGUGGCUGCAUUUCCUCUGGCUCCUCUGCUCGCUCUGCUUAACAACAUAAUUGAGAUCAGAAUGGAUGCCAUUAAAAUGGUCAGUCUGGAGCGAAGACUGGUGCCCAGGAAGACUAAUGACAUAGGUGUUUGGACAGAUGUACUGGAAACAAUUGGUGUGUUAGCUGUCAUCGCCAAUGGGUUAGUCAUCGGCAUUUCCUCUGAUUUUAUCCCUCGGUUGGUGUAUCGCUACCGCUAUGGACCCUGCGCUAGUAAUUUCACUACUAGUGGUCCUGGAUGCAUGUCUGGUUAUAUUAAUAACUCUCUAUCUAUCGCUGAUACAAGUGAUGAAAACAUCAGAAAAGAUUUUUCCCUCCAUCAACUCAGUCACAAUAACAAGACCGUGACACAUUGCAGCUAUAGAGACUAUAGGAAUAAUGAUGACUUCACUUUGACCAAUCAGUUUUGGGUCACUCAGGCAGUCCGCUUUGCCUUCGUCAUUCUCUUUGAGCACGUGGUGGUGAUGUUCAAGUGCAUCGCAGGGUGGUUUGUCCCCAGUUCUCCCUUAGAGGUAAAAAAUACAAGGCUGCAAGACAAACUUGGAAGACUGAAAGAAGAACUACACCCAGCAAAAGCAUGACAUUUCAGAUCACAGAAUGAGUAACAAACUUCAGUGGAUGCUCCAAUCCAGAAAACAGAAAAAGAAGGAUCAUCAGCAAGAUAAACUGAACUACAAUGUCUAAUCUAAUUACGAACCCUGUACAUCAUGAUCCCAUCUCCACGAGGAGAAGGGCUGAAGUUGAAAUUCUUGCUGCUGUGCACAACUGGUAACUUACUGUUUCCAUUUGAUUCAUUCAGUACUCUUGUUUUAAGUCGAUGAAUGACAUCAUCUUUGUUUUUUCCCUCUAGUCCAGUACAUUUUUUUUGUAUCAAAUUGGAUUUACAACACUGUAUGCUUUCAAUUAUGUGACUAUUAUUUUUUAUUUACAAUUCAUGCAUUAGGCAGAUACAGUAAAAGCAAUGUGUUAAAAAAAAUUAUAAAUCCAUUUUUUUCUAGACUGAAAAUAUCACACAAACAUUGUUACCUCCGCCAAGGAGGUUAUGUUUUCAUUGGCGUUGGUUUGUCUGUUUGUUUGUCUGUCUGUGUUCAAAAUAACUCAAAAAGUUAUGAACGGAUUUUGAUGAAAUUUUCAGACAAGGCGUGUAUUGUGACAAGGAACAAAUGAUUACAUUUUGGUGAUGAUCCGGAUCACCGUCCGGAUUUUUUUGAAGGAUUCUUUAUCAUUGCGAGAUGUAUGAACCUUUUGGCCUUCUGUUUUUUUCCCGCUUGGUGGAGGUCUGCGCUCUCCGAGAGCUUUUCUAGUUUUUAAAUGAAACUAGAUAGAACUCGAUGCCAAUGGCGUCGAUGGGGAUGCCUCCGCCUGGUAGACUACAUGCCUUAUGAAGUUGUGAUUAAGUUAAUGUCAACUUGGUAUUUAGUGUUAUUAUGCAAAUGAUGAUAUGCCACCUGACCUUGAAGUCUACAAGAACAGAUAAUAUUUUGAUGUUCACAAGGUUUUGGGGCAGACAUGUGACCUCAAAGUAACCUUGACCUUUGGCCUUCAUAUUCUAAUCAUUUCAUCUUUGUCCCCAGGUGCACAAAUGCUGAAUGUGUGGUGAAAUUCCUUUUAUUAGCCUUUAAGAUAUUGUGUUCACAAGGUUUUUGAACAGACAUUUGACCUCACAGUGAUCUUGACCUUUGCCCUUUUGAUCUCAAAAUCUAAUCAGUUCAUCUUUGUCCCAAAGUGCACAAAUGGUGAAAGCUUGGUGAAAUUCCUUUCAUUAGCCUUUGUGACAUCGUGUUCACAAGGUUUUGGGACAGACGGACGCAUGCAUGGACGCACGCACGGACAGACAGACAACCUGAAAACAUAAUGCCUCCUGCACCUUAAAGGAACAG